AUGGUAGCCAGUGGCAGUAGCAAUGGCAAAGUCGCCGCUGAUUUUGAAAAGAUUAUCAACGAGGCCCGCGACCGCAAGAAGAACGAAGCGCUCGCUGCCAAGAUCUUCAGCAAAGACCGCCGCGCAAGCACUCCGGUAGCCAAGUCCGCAUCGUCUGCCUCCGGGACCCUCGCGAGCCGUGCCGGUGUGCAAAAGCACCGCGCUGCAUCCUCCAGCCGCCCGCGCCACAGCACAGGCAAUGUCGACGGCGAGUGGACACACGACCUGCACGAUGUGCAACCGCCGCGGGGUCCUAAGGCGAUGAGCGGUAGCGGUGCCGGUUCCCUCGCAGCCCGCAUCACCGACCCGAAAGCCCCUCCGACGGGACCGGCGAGCCAUCGGAAGCAGCGACGUGCCGCCCAGGUCGCGCAGGCCCUGAUAAAGUCGGAGCUGCGAGGGCAAAAACCUGGCGGCGGGCAGCAGCAGCAGCAGAAUGGGCAGCCGUUUGCUGGCAAUGGUAGCGCACCAACGACGACAACGGCGACAUCGUUCAACAAGGGCAUUACAAUCCGAGGCCUCGCCGGCCCCUUCGUGGUGAUGGCGCAGAAUUUUGCCCCGGGCACGACGGCGGCCGACAUCGAGAGCGCCAUGACCCCCGUCGGCGGCAUCAUCAUCAGCUGCCGGCUGCUUAAACAACACCCGAUUGUCAUCGCUGAGAUAGUCUUUGAGAGCAAGCAGGGCGCUGACAACGUCAUUGCCACUUUCAACAACCAAACCGCCGACGGCCGCGUCCUCAGUGUCUACGCCAAACCAGGAAACACCCCAACCCCUCUUCGCCCUUCGGCGGAUGACCCCAUGGUAGUGGACGGCUCAUGGGGCUUUGAGGACCCCAUAGAGACAACGACGACAGAGUACCGCCCCGUGCCGCCUGUAUCGGCUGCCGCCGCGGCGCCAAGCGGACUCUAUAGCGACAACAUUGUCAAGAAAAAUCGCUGGGGUCGCGGCUUCAAUCGG